AUGAGAUUAGAAUAUAGGAAACUAUGCGAACAGAAAAGGAAGGAAGAAACAGAUAGAUGGGAGAAAGAGGCGGAACAGGUAAAGAAAGAGAAUGAGGUAUGGAAAAUAGUCCAUAGAGGAAGAAAGAGAAGAAUAGGUAUAAACAAGGAAAUAGAAGAAGAGGAUUGGAAAGCACACUUUAUGAGGCUACUAGGAGGAGUAGACAACAGAAUAACGGAGGGGGAGGGGGGAAAAAGGAGGGAUAACGAAGAGGAGAUAAGCAAGGAGGAAAUUAAAGAGGCGAUAAAUAGAAUUAAAAAAGGGAAAGCAAUAGGAAUUGAUGGAAUACCAGGCGAAGCAUGGAUGUACGCAGGAGAAGAGACGACGGAGUGGGUAUGGAGUUAUUGCAACAGAGUAUGGAAAGGAGAGGCCGGAUGGCCGGAGGAAUGGAAGGAGGGAGUAAUUGUGCCAAUAGUAAAAAAAAGAGGAGGAAAAAAGGUAGAGGAUUAUAGGGGAGUAACAAUAAUGACGGCGCUAUAUAAGAUAUACACGGUGGUGUUGGCGGAGAGGAUAAAGAAGGAAUGCGAAGAGAAAGGGAUAAUACCACACAACCAAACAGGAUUUCGGCAGGGGAUGGGAACAAUAGACAACAUAUACGUUUUGAAUUAUCUA